GGCGCUGUCAGGGUGCGAGAUUGCGGGUCACGUCACCACCGCCGGCCAUACCUGGGAUGGAGCGGAGACGGUGCGGUCUGUCCGACACCCUCGAUGAGGCUCUCCUCAGCAGCGCUUGUUGUAGUCCUUCUCACAGAACCGUAGGAAGGGGUUUGACAUGCCAUCUUCUGACUGCGUCACUAAUUGGAGCUUUUGGUUCAUCGUUUCUGUAUGGUUAUAAUUUAUCAGUAGUAAAUGCACCAGCAGUGUUUGUUAAAAGCUUUUGCAAUGAAUCAUGGAUAAGGCACUUUGGAACAGCAAUAGAAACCAAAUCGCUAACCCUUCUUUGGUCUGUAACCAUCUCCAUUAAUGCCAUCGGUGGUCUAUUUGGGGCACUUAUUGUAAUCCCUCUAUUGAAAUAUUUGGGAAGGAAGGGGGCUCUUCUCCUGAAUAAUGGGUUUGCAAUUGUUGCUGCUUUAUUGAUGGCCCUAUGUGAAAAUGCUGAUUCCUUUCAGAUGUUGAUUGUGGGACGUUUUGUCAUUGGAGUGAAUGGAGGAAUAUCUCUCAGUGCCCUUCCAAUGUACCUGGGUGAAAUUUCACAGAAACAGAUGCGUGGCUCCUUGGGGCAGAUGGUGGGCAUUUUCAUCUGUGUUGGUGUCUUCAUUGGCCAGGUCCUGGGAUUGCCAGAGAUACUUGGCACGGAGUCCCUUUGGCCUUUAAUGUUCGGGCUAAAUGCAGUUCCAGCCCUGAUACAACUUGCUGUUCUACCCUUCCUUCCUGAAAGCCCUCGGUACUUGCUGUUUGAAAAGAAUGAUGUUUCUAAAGCCAGAAAAGCAUUUCAAGUCUUUUAUGGGAAGGAAGAUGUCACUGAGGAACUGGAGGAAGCCUUGUCAGAGAGAAAACUCCAGAGCGAAAUCCACUUGGUUUCAGUCUUAGACCUACUUCGAAAGAAGUGUGUACGGUGGCAAGUCAUCACAGUUGUUGUCAUCAUGGCCUGCUACCAACUUUGUGGGUUGAAUGCUAUUUGGUUUUACACAAAUAGUAUCUUUAAAGACGCAGGCAUAAGGGAGGAUCACAUCCCAUACCUCACUCUGAGCACCGGUGGCGUUGAGAUUGUGGCUUCAGUUCUUUCAUGUUUGGGCAGAGAUCUGUGCCAUCACCUGGGAACCUUCACAAGGCCUUGUGACCUCACGUCAAAGCUCAAAAAAAUUUCAGAUUUCAGAGACGUUCUGAUUUUGGAAUUUUGGGGUCUGACCAUUGAAAGACUUGGCCGAAAGCCUCUUCUCAUUGGUGGAUUUUGUCUCAUGUCAUUCUUCUUUGGAUUACUCACGCUUUCACUUAACCUGCAGGAUAAAGUGUUCUGGAUGUCAUACGUGAAUGUGUUAUCCAUUCUUGGUGUAAUCACAUCAUUUUGCAUUGGUCCAGGUGGGAUUCCUUUUGUGCUAACCAGUGAGAUGUUUGAUCAGUCUUGUCGAUCUUCUGCGUUCAUGAUUGGUGGGACCGUGAUCUGGCUUUCCAACUUUUUGGUUGGACUUCUUUUUCCUUUUAUCCAGAUCCUACCACUCACUUCAACACAGCAACUCUUCAAGGUGGCCAGUUCAGCUACUAACCAGCACUUUUCCAUGAUAUGGGAGAAAGCUGAGUAAACCAGGGCGAAUAUUUAAUCUCUACACAGACAGUAUCUGGAUUUCUGGCGCUGUGAGGCAAUCUGUAACUCUACCUUAAAGGUCAAGAUGGCGCCACUGUAUAAUACUCCCUCAGUCGACAUCUUCCAGAUAGCCCACGAAAAUGUCUGCUUUACUUCUUCUACAUCUGUUUUUCACCAUAAAUGUGUUUCUGGGACCGAUAGAGCCGGCGGUUUGCAGUUUAGAGGCCUCUCUGCCUCGUGUGGUGUCCCUUUCUUUCGAUGAAUGUCGGUGAUACUAGAGGAUGCUGUCAUGGUUCUGUGUUUAUGGACUGUGGACUUUUUCAGACUUAGACUUUUUAUAUUCAGUGUUUUUAUCACCUGUUCCUUUUCCGUUUUGUUGUGCAAGGGGAGGGUCUUUGUGAGUUGAUGUUCCGUUCUGAUCUGUAGUUUUUUGUGCGGGAGGAGGGAGUUGAUGAUCAGGAUGUUUUUCUUUUUGUGUGUGGGGGGGUUAUAAUGUCUCUCUCUGAACGACUUUUAUGUUUUUUUGUUUCAUGGCUAUUAGGAGAAGACAAAUUUCAAACUUGUAUAUGAAUACAUGCUUUGGCAAUAAACGAACUUUUGAACCAGCUGCAUCACUGUGCUGUCUAUUGGUAUUCAAAUCGACUUUCCACUAUUUCAGGACUAUACUUAUCCCUUCACAUAACAACGGUGAAAGGCUUAUUGAGAAAGUAAGGAGGCUUUGGAUCCAAGGGGACAUUGCUUUGUGGAUCCAGAACUGGUUUGCCCACUGAAGGCAAAGAGUGGUUGCAGACGGGUCAUAUUCUGCAUGGAGGUUGGUGGCCAGUAGUGUGCCUCAGGGAUCUGUUCUGGGACCCAUACCCUUCGUAAUUUUUAUAAAUGACCUGGAUGAGGAAGUGGAGGGAUGGGUUAGUAAAUUUGCUGAUGACACCAAGGUUGGAGAUGUUGUGGAUAGUGUGGAGGUCUGUCAGAGGUUACAGCAGGACAUUGAUAGGAUGCAAAACUGGGCUGAGAAGUGGUAGAUGGAGUUCAUCCCAGCCAAGUGUGAAGUGGUUCAUUUUGGUAGGUCAAUUAUGAUGGCAGAAUAUAGUAUUAACAGUAAGACUUGGCAAUGUGGAGGAACAGAGGGAUCUUGGGUCUGAGUCCGUAGGACACUCAAAGCUGCUACACAGGUUGAUUCUGUGGUUAAGAAGGCAUACAGUGCAUUGGCCUUCAUCAACUGUGGGAUUGAGUUUAGGAGCUGGGAGGUAAUGUUAGAGAUAUAUAGGACCGUGAUCAGACCCCACUUGGAGUGCUGUGCUCAAUUCUGGUCGCCUCAUCAGAAGGAUGCGGAAACCAUAGAAAGUGUGCAGAGGAGAUUUACAAGGAUGUUGCCUGGAUUGGGAAGCAUGCCUUAAGAGAAUAGAUUGAGUGAACUUGGCCUUUUCUCCUUGGAGCGACAGAGGACGAGAGGUGACCUGAUAGAGGUGUAUAAGAUGAUGAGAGGCAUCAAUCAUGUGGAUAGUCAGAGGCUUUUUCCCAGGGCUGAAAUGGCUAUCACGAGAGGGC